UUAGAAAUCCAAGAGAUUCUGAAUGGCACACAUAAACUUAAAAGGACAGCAAAGAAACAGGUUGACAGCCAGGAAUUAAAGCUAUCUAAUCGAGAUGAAAAGAAACUCUCUAGGGAAUGUCUGAAAGAUGAUAAAAUUUUACCGCCCCGUGAAUUAACCCUCACUAAAGGAACACAUGCGCCACCUAUUGGCAAGCAGUCGAAUGCUGCAGUGACAGUAGGAGGCAGUAGCAGUAGCUUAGUGGUUGGUGGAGGGAACGUCGUCAGUGGUGGUAGUAUUGGUGGUAGUAUUGGUGGUAGUAGUAGUUGCAUUAGUGGAAGUGGUGUUGGUGGAAGUAGUGGUGGAGGUGGAGUGAGUGGCCGAGUCAGCAAUGUCGGAGUCAGUUUGGCUGGAAAGACAUUGACGACAGGUGGGACGACAAUCGUGUCACCAAUCAGCUCACCUGUGCUACUUGGGGACUACGGUCAUCUGGAAGCGCACAUGCCCCUUAGUCGGCACCACCAAGUGCAACUGCUACGCCAGCAACUUGAGCAGCAACAGCAACAAACACAAGUUGCUAUUGCUCAGGUUCAUCUCCUGAAGGACCAACUAGCCGCUGAGACAGCCGCGCGUAUAGAAGCACAGGCUCGAUCUCAUCAGUUACUGCUUCACAAUCGGGACCUUCUCGAUCACGUGGCCCAGCUAAUUAGUCGGAUGCAAGAUCUAGAGAUGAAGGCCGGUGGAUUUACUGCAAGUUCAGAGCAACUUUAUCAAACAACAUUACAGAUUCCUGUCUUGCCUGAUCCGACGACCCCUCAGUCUGGUCCUGUCUAUCUGCCUGACUUCCGGGAUGUAGACAGUACCUACUUAAACUCAAUUCCGGAAACUGCCUUGUUUGAGAAUACCAAAACAGAACAAGACACAGAUUCUCCGGACAGUGGUCACAGAGAAAUGUCGUCUGAUAGUCUAUCUUGCAAUCUGACCAGUGGUUUGGACUCUAAGAGUUGGCAGUACAAUAGUUAUUGCCGAUACCCAUUGGCUCAACAGAUUAAAAUGAGCCACAACAAUCAGCAACAACAACAACAAUUGCAUAAUCACAAUGUUCCUCUAUAUCAACAGCAACAAAAACAGCAACAACACAACAACAACAACAACAACAACAACAACAUGUACAUAGCAACAAAGUUCAUAUUAACAGUAAUGGUGUUAGCAUUAAUAGUAGUGGCAGCAGCAGCACCCACAAUAACAACAACAACAACAGCAACAACAACAACAAUAUUAACAACACCAAUGCCAACAACAACAACAACAACAACAGCACCACGACCAUACAACAUUGAAUACAACAUGAACAACAACAAUAAUAACAACACCUAUAAUCCAUUCACAAAGUGUUCGCCUAAAAAACGAGAUGAUAUCAAAAUCAUUACCCCAGUGCCAGCUCAGGAUGCAAGUGGCAAUCGCCUUGAAUUGAAACUAAACGUAGCACCAAAGUUGGAUCCACCGCCCAAAUACUCAAGAACGUCGCGCCCUCUGUCGGCCGACUUAGACAGCCUUUCUUCAAACUAUAGAGAUAGCAAUGCAAACACACAACAGCUGAAUAAGAGGAACCAGCUAUCGGAUAACAUGUAUUAUUCUUCUUCUUUAACCAAUUCGGCCUUGUUGAAUCCCACACAGCAUCGACCAGGAACAAUUGAAAGUUACCAGUCGACAGAAAGUAACCACAUCACACCUUUAUCAUCCUUGUCGUUGUCAUCAUCGUCAUCGUCUUCAUCGUCGUCGUCUUCUUCUUGCUCAUUUUCAGCUUCUACUUCGACAUCGUCUUUGUCAGGUAGGAUGUCAAUUGGCAAAGGGACACCUGGUCAAAUGGCGACGACAACAACGACGGCGUCAACAGCGACAGCACUAUCAACAACAACGCCGAUCCCAGGGGCUUUAUUAUCGACGACGACCACCAGCACAACAGCCACAACAGCUUUAUCAACUAACGCAACAACAAUAACCACGUCAACUUCAAAUUACCUGUUGAAAAACAAAAUCCACGUGAACAACCUCAGUUUGGGGGGUUCGGUCCCGACUAGUUGUAUUUCGUCUACAGUCGCAAACAUAACUGCAAAUGGCAGCAACCAUGGAGUGAGAGGUGGCAGUAAUACUAGUAACAGCAGUAAUGGCAGCUGUAGCAACAUUAAUAGUGGCUGUGGUAACAAACUCAGUUUAAACGAUGCUAAUAAUAAGAGCUAUGUUCCUACAUUGAGCUCCUUUGCAUCAUCGGCCUUCGUGUCUUCAAAGGCACCGGCUAAGACCACAUUUACACCACGAACAAAACAACAACAACAACAAAAACAACAACAACAACAACAGCCACAACAGCAAUCUAAAGCCAUUAACAUAGAGAAAAAGCCAUCUUCUUAUGAUGAGAUCUGCCCCCAAUUACAACCGAGCAGUAACUCGGAAGAUGAUGAUAAUUCAGAAGAUUCGGGUCUGCCACUUGUGCACCAAGCACCCAGGAGACUUGAUUCAAUGACUUUCGAUGAGUUCGAAGCUCUGAGUAGUUGAAACUUAAAAACAAACAAAAAACAAGACAAAAAACACAAAAACAGCUAAUAUAUAUAUAAAAAAA